GGUCUGGGUGCCCCAUUGGCGUGGACUCCCCAACGGGGCCCAAACAACACAUCUUCCGUGGGCCAUUCCUGGAUCAGGUACCAAGUCGUCAGACAUCACAAUGUUGAACCCAAUGAAGGUCAACAUAUAACUGUAACUGUAAGGCCACAUGAUGGCACUGCGAGGAAAAACUCACUAAGGCCACAUCUGUUUCAUCCCAUUGACAUCCACAUCUACAUGUCGAAGGACCCAACUGCCGCCGAGCAGGUGGUACUCGACCGCGUCAAGGGUGAUAUCGAAGACUACGAUGAUGUUGUCCAAUCAGCGCGACAAGGUAUGGAAAGCGAGAAAUCGCUAUCACUCAAGGAAAGUCUGAGACGCUAUCCACGAGCGGUAGCUUGGUCCGUCUUGCUAUCCACAUCGCUUGUUAUGGAGGGUUUUGAUGCCAUCCUCAUCAGUAACUUUUAUGCUCUUCCUCAAUUUGUCCAGAAAUAUGGUGUUGAGCUUGAAGAUGGUUGGUCUAUUACUGCCGCUUGGCAAGCAGGUCUCACCAACGGUGCCAACGUCGGUGAAAUCAUCGGUCUCUGCAUAAAUGGCUGGGCAUCUGAGAGAUUCGGUUAUAAGAAGACAAUGAUCGGUGCCCUUAUCAUGAUGAUUUGUGCUAUCUUUAUUCCCUUCUUCGCGCAAAAUAUUCAGACCCUGCUGGCGGGUGAGAUCUUACAAGGGAUCCCCUGGGGUAUCUUCCAGACUCUAACUACCGCAUACGCCGCCGAAGUCUCUCCAGUAGCUCUCCGACCGUAUCUGACGGCAUAUGUCAACCUCUGUUGGGUAAUGGGUCAAAUUAUUGCUUCCGGAGUCCUUCGAUCCGUUCUGUCAAUGGAAGGGCAAUGGGCUUAUAGGCUACCCUUCGCUCUCCAGUGGAUUUGGCCCGUUCCAAUUUUAGUUGGCUGUCUUUUCGCCCCCGAAUCACCUUGGUGGCAAGUACGAAACGGCCGACACGAUGAUGCUCGACGAACAAUUCGACGGCUCUUUAGCAGCCCUUCUGAUGAGGAGGUUGAGAACUCGCUCUCCCUCAUGAAACACACCAACGCCAUUGAAAAGACCAUGGCCGAAGGUACUAGCUACUGGGAUUGCUUCAAAGGUGUCGAUCUCCGCAGGACAGAGAUUGCGGCUGGAGCUUGGAUGGUUCAGAAUCUGUGUGGCGGUGCAUUUAUGGCCUAUUCUACUUUCUUCCUGGAGCAAGCCGGUCUCCCUAUUACCCAGGCCUUUAACCUGUCCAUUGCCCAGUACGCUCUCGGUAUCUGCGGGACUGUUGUUUCAUGGAUCCUUAUGGGAAGUGUUGGCCGAAGAAGACUAUAUUUGGUCGGUCUCGCCGGCAUGGUCGUCUUCCUUGUAAUCAUUGGAGCACUAGGCUUCGUUUCAGUCUCAAAUUCGGGUGCUCAAUGGGCUGUUGGGGCUUUGCUUCUAGUUUACACUGCAUUAUACGAUGCUACUGUUGGUCCUGUUUGUUACACCAUCGUCGGUGAAAUUUCCUCAACUCGGCUCAGGGCCAAAACCGUUGCCAUCGCUCGAAUCGCAUACGUCAUCAUUGGUAUCGUUAACGCUGUUAUCAUGCCUUAUUUCCUCAACUCUGCGGAGUUGAAUUGGGGUGCCAAGACCGGCUUUUUCUGGGGCGGGUUUGCUUUCCUAUGUCUCAUCUGGACGUUCUUCAGGCUUCCCGAAGCCAAAGACAGGACAUAUGGCGAACUCGACGUCCUCUUUGAGAACAAAAUCACUGCCAGGAAAUUCGCUUCGACAACCGUUGAUCAGUUCGCUGACCACGAAGGCCAUUUUGACAAUAUUAUUGCAGUCGAAACAUUUGACGGAAAACUGUCUAGCAAACCUUCAAUCGCCCAUGUGGAGUAUUCCCUAACGGGUUUAGAAAAGUAGACGCUUGAGCAAAGCGAGAUCAUCAAGUUUUAACAGGCUGAAUUCGAAGCAAGAAUAGACGAAUUACAUUUGUGGUAGUUUGCAUCAGGGGAUUUUUUAUUUUUAAUAGGUUUUCUCAUUGGAACAAGUUGUACUGGGUAAUUGAGUCAUAUGUACGUCGAUGUGCGUGACUAUGCUUUUUAGUCUUAAUCUCUGCAAGGUAUCAAAUUCUAACGGCAGAGGGGUUCCCGAGCUUUGGGCGGAAGGUUGAGAUAUGGACUGAGAAGUACUGGGAUUUGAAGAAGCUGUAGACAAAGGUACUUCCGAAUUCACUGCGGGUUGGGAACUAGCAGGCUCCGGUGUGGUCGGCCCUGAACAAGCAACCAAAAAGUUCGAAAUGGAUGCAGAGCUUGCCCUACAGAGUUAGGAGAUCGGCUUCCUGAUGACGAGGUUGCUACCGAAGAACUGACAAGUGGGUGCGAGCUGGUGGAGAUUGAAUUUGAGGGUUCGGCAGAAGUAGGAUCAGCCCGAGAACUUAAUUGGCUCUGCAGCCGCCGAGCUUAAGUGCUGUAGAGGGAAGAGAUGUGAUUUCUGCUGGACGCGGCGUUGCUUUGCUUUGGCAAAGAGGUUGUGUCGGAUGAUGUAGGUCCCAAGUUGAUGCAACAGUGAUGGAAGAUUAGGAAGAGGAAGAUGGUGAAGGUUCGAGAGAGGGAGACGAGGAAGGUUGGGCAGCCGGUUCAGGUGAGCGCGGUCGCAGAAGACGCAGAUGGAUCGUUAGAUGACGGCGCAGCCGAUGAUUGUUUAUGAGGUGAAGCAGACGUAGAGGCAGUAGCAGAUACAAUGGUUGAUGA